AUGUCGACGGACCGACUAUUCCGCUUCCCGAAGCCGGCGUGGCUCAACAGCGCCAACACCCGGACCGCAGGCGUCUACCUUGCGGGAGCUUUUUUCUCUCUCGGCUUCUUCUUCUUCAUCGACGCGAGCGUCUUCUCCAAAUCUCCCUUGAACGGCUCGAUUGUGCACAUCACUUUUGUCGACUGGAUCCCCGUCAUCUGCUCGGCGCUUGGGAUGCUGGUGAUUAACAGUAUCGAGAAGUCGCGCUUGUCGGCCGACAGCUUCUCGUACAGCGGGAACGGCGUCGCCUGGAAAGCGCGCACCGUUCUUUUCCUGGGGUUUGCACUCAUGGCGGGUGGGCUGGCUGGAAGCGUCACUGUCAUGGUGCUCAAAUAUCUAUUCAAGGACUAUGCCCUCCGGACGGUCUACAUGGGCGUGGCUAACGUCGUGGCAAACGGCCUCGUCAUGCUGAGCUCCGUCAUCUUGUGGGUCAGCCAGAACAUGGAGGACGACUACACCUAUAACUUGCAGCUGUGA